UCUUCAACGUGUGGUAAAUAUUUAACUAAUUCAGCUCAACUUCAUUGUUAUUGUCUCGUUCUCUUCACUGUAGCGGUUUGUUUAAUUUGUCCAACUCUUUAAUAACACGGUAAACGCAGUAGGUAAUUUCUCUCUCGGUUAAACAUGAGGCUCUACUCUCCAUUUGUGUUCUGCCUGGCAGCAGCUCUGGCCCCAUGUGCAUUUGUGUUGUCAUCUCCAGGUAUGUGGACAAAACUUAUCCUGACUCACCACUGGCCCACCACUUUCUGUCACAUGGAAGGCUGCCAUUCCAGGAUUAAUUACUGGACAGUACAUGGCCUGUGGCCAGAUAAAGGGAUUGACUGUAAUUCAUCUUGGCAUUUCAACUCCUCUCUAAUUGAGGACCUGAUUCCUGACUUGGAGAAGAGCUGGCCUGAUUUGAUGAACCACUCCUCUGUUGGAUUCUGGAAGUACGAGUGGAAUAAACAUGGCACCUGUGCAGCAGAAGUUGAUGAAUUCAACAGUCAACAUAAGUACUUCAGCAAAACACUGGAACUGUACCAUAAAUUAGAUUUAGACAGCAUCCUGCAGAAGUUUGGGAUCAUCCCAUCAGAAAAAUACUAUGCAUUCUCAGACAUUGAAUCCGUCAUAGAGAACUUCUAUAAUGUCAAACCUAAGAUCCAGUGUUUCCAUCCAUCAAAGAAUGCUGAGGUCCAGAUUUUGGGUCAGAUCGAGAUCUGUUUCCACAUUGACUUGUCCAUGCUUGACUGUGAGAAACGUUCAUCCAAAAACUCUGCUUUGCUGGGAGAUCAGGAUUUUUCCAUGUUUGCAGAUGUGCCGUCUGGGUUCAGCGUGUGUGAUGAGGACAGGCCUGUUUACUAUCCACCUGUGUUAUGAAUGCACUCUCAAUCAUACCACAGCUCUGUUUGGACAAAUUCAAGUGGUACUAGAAUUAAGAGCACACACAUUUAUAAUGUUCUACUUAUGGCAACUAAUGCUGCUUUGUGCUAAUUAUUUUGUGCAAUACAAAAUCAAAAUUUUAAGUUUAUCAUUUUUAAAUAACUGCUAGAAAUUUUGGAUAUUGGACAUAUUUUGGUGACAGUAUUUGUCCCUGUGGAAUAUAUUUACAGCC